AUGGCGCAGCUUCCUCACGACCCUUCUGCUGCUUUUCCCCCACUGCACCUCAACAGCUUCCCCCAUCACCCCCCUUCUCUCCUUCAGUCGCUCCCCACGUCGCUCCCCCCGCACGCGCAUCAUCUUCCCCUCCCCCACUAUCAGCUCCCCCAUCUCCCCCCGCUCCCCAUCCCCGCGCCUUUUCCGCCUCACUUUGCGCCCGCGGGGGAGCUUUUCCCCCACCCGCAUGCGCACUUGGCGCAUCUCCCCUUCCCCCACUACCCGUACAUAUCCCCCUUGCACCACGCGGGAUAUGCGGUCACGGCUCACGGCAAUCUCGAUGGAAUUGUUGUCGGGCAUUCCGGCGCGAUUUCCGGCGGAAUUUCCGGCACAAUUUCCGGCGCGAGUCCCGCGCUUCACGGGAGAACGCCCCCGUUAACCCCGGCGCACGAGGCCCCUCGUCGGGACCCGCAAUUUACACGCGGAAGCGGCGGCGGAAGCACGGAGAGCGCGAGGGGGGGACCCGGGGAUAGCGCGCGCGCACGGAAUGGCGGAGCAGCGGCGCUGCGCGAUUCGGGGUAUUUGGAGGGGGGGGGAGCAGAGCGUCGUGUGGGGGAGGGUAGGGGCGCGGGGGAACCGGGGAAACCGGGGGAAGAGAGAGAAACCGCGGACCAAUCAGAGGAGAAUGGUGAAGACGCGAGAGGAGGGUUCGAGUGUGACAAUGGGGGGGAAGAGGAGGGGCAGGGGGUGGUGGGGGUGGAGCUUUUAGAGGGAGUGGAGGAGGGAGCAGGGGGAGAGGAAGAAAGGGAGGGGGAGGAAGAAGAGGGGGAGGGCCGAGAGUGUGGCACGAGAGAGGGACAUGGCAUUUCAGUGGCGGAAGGAGAUAUGGGGGCAGUGGGAGGUGAUGAGAUGGCGGCACAGGAUGAUGACGUUGCAGGGAGGGUCGCUGCUGCUGCUGCUGCUGGUGAUGGUGCUUCUGGUGCAGGUAUUCUCACGGCAGGCCACAGCAGGGCAUCCGUACAGGGCUUUCUGCCCCUGGCCCUGGAUCAGCAGCUGCAGCAGCUGGCGCAGGCAGAGGGGGCGCAAGCAGUGGAAGCGGAAGCAGCGGGAGCGCAGACAAGAAGAGGCUUGGCGAGGCAGCACGACCAACAGCAGCAUCGGCAUCAGCAUCAGCAGCAUCAGCAGCAUCAGCAGCAGCAGCAGCAGGAGAGGGGAGGGUUAAGUAGAGUGCAGGGGGGUAAGGAGGUGCAUGUGGUUGCAGCAGGAGGAACAAGGCGGCUGCAAGUCGACAUUGAUGCUGCUGGUAUGUAUGCCGUGAUGUGA